AUGUCUUGCGGGCACCCCACGACUCGCCACUGCUGGCGCCGCACCGACGACUACACCCCCGGCACCCCCAAGCUCAAGCUCGUCGUGGAAGAGAUGCCCGCCACACUCCUCCCAUACCAGGUUCUCAUCAAGGUCCACGCCGUUGCCCUAAACUACCGCGAUGCCAACAUCUCCAACGGCGGCAAUCCCUGGCCCGUGACGCCAAACGGCAUCAUCUGCAACGACGCCGCGGGCGAGGUCGUCGAGGCAGGCGAGGCGGUGCGACGCUUCAAGGUUGGUGACAGGGUAGCUCCCAAUACGGACUCGGAAAAUAUCACCGGGCGCGAGACCCAGCGCUCCUGGCUCGCAGCCGACGAGGACGGCGUUCUGGCCGACUACCUUGUUUUCGACGAAUGGAAGGUCGCUAAGCUUCCGUCGCAUCUUGGCUGGACCGAGGCCUGCCUCAUUCCUUGCGCUGGUGUGACCGCGUGGUCUGCGCUCAAGGGUCUCGAAGCUGGCCAGACUGCUUUGAUCCAGGCUAACCAUACUCUCAACCAAGGUACUGGUGGUGUCGCCAUGUUCGCCCUUAAGAUUGCGCAGGCUGCCGGGUACCGAGUCAUCCUCACCUCCUCCAGCGACGAGAAGCUAGCAGCUAUUCAGGCGCAGUUUACCGCGGCCCGGAUCCUGACGGUCAACUACAGGAACGCGACGUGGCACGAAGAGGUCCUGCGCCUCACCGAUGGCGUAGGUGUCGAUCUGGUCCUCGAGAACGGGGGUACCGGAUCUCUUGUCCAGAGCGUGCAGUGUACUCGUCGUGGCGGCAUCGUCAGCCAGGUCGGCUACCUUGGCAAGCAGAACCCCGAGGAUCUGAAGGAGCUUCUUCCCACUCUUAUCGACAGGAGGGUCAACCUCAGGGGCAUCAACGCUGGCUCGGUACAAGACUUUGAGGACCUCGUCACCGCUAUUUCUGCUAUGAAGAUGCGCUUUUUCGACAUUGUCGAUACUGUUUUCCCUUUCUCUCAGUCUGAGGAGGCCCUUGAAUACCUCUGGCAGGGCAAGCAAGUGGGAAAGAUUGUCCUUGAGCUGUGA